AUGCUCUUACCUAAAUUUGCUACCCACAUCUCACCUUUCAAGCUUUCCCAUUUUGCUAACCGAGGACACCAGCACAUACAAUCAACCUUUCGGAACACCUUCAACUUCAAUCUCAGUUCGACUGUCGGCCAGAACUCUCACAAUCUCAGCAACUCCACCACUGCUACCGGACUCGGCAGUUCCACCUCCGGAUCGAGUGCCUCUGGCGGAGCCGGUGGAGCGAAAUGGAACGCAGGUAGUCGCACCAAUUGGAACCAACAGGCUCACAGCCGUCUCCUCACACAGACUAACGCCACUUCUCAAGACGGUCUUGGCUCGAGGUGGACUGAGGAUGAUGAAGACCGUGAUGAACUUCGCCCUAAGUACCUCAGCACGAUCGGCAUCUACAACAAACGGAACCGCACCAUCUCCUCAAGGUGGCAACACGAACAAAAUGUGCUCAACUCAACUUCAAGCCUCGGAUUGGAAGGUGUCAAUCUACAGGUCACCUGUAAGACGGCAUUUGUUGAACCGAACUCAGCCAACUCGACCGGAGAUCCCUCGACCGAAUCCCUCGAUCAGAUUCUCGCCUCAUCUCAUGAACUCCGUUCCUAUUCAAACUCGUCGACUCGUCCCUACCGCCCGCUCUUUAUCAACCGGAAACCCAGUCGCAGACAUUCCAUUCAUUGCAUUCCUGCCUCCGGGUCAAUCGUCACGGAUUCAACGACUCAUGCCCGCAGGUUUUCCACUGGAAAUCUCGCCCUGUCUGAAUCUACGUGGCUGAGCAAUCCGACCGACAGUGCACGAGCAGCUCGGCGAGACCACUCAACUGUAGCCCCUCAGUCCCAGCCUGGGCUCGGCGAGAAUGGGCCUCUGAUGACCAACCCAUCCCCUCGAUCGGAUAAGCUGGAUCCAAACCAACCACAGUCAUUCGAUCAACAAUGGCUUCAAAGGGCGACCCACACCAUUCUGACAACCGAUCAGAAUUACCAUUCGACCUUUUACCAACUUCGCAGGAUGUUGGAUUCUUACAUCAGCUCAACCACCCAACCGAGUUCUGAUGUGAUCGAUCUGCUGUUCUGGGGAAUGGUCGCCAACAAACCGAACCAGGAGCCGAUCGACAACCUGUUGAAAUGCCACCACUUCCUCCUCCAGAAUACUGCUUUCCAGCCGACCCCUCAGACCUACAGCAUCUUACUCAGUGCUCUAUGUAGACGGGAUCUCAACAACGCGAAAGAGGUACUCUAUCGCAGGACCCGACUGGCCCACCUCGCUGUCAACCAACAGCUAAACCAAAGCCUGCCCAAUCUCUCCCUUGUUCCUGUUGACGCGUCUGAGGACAACAAGGUGAGCAUUCAUUUGGAUGCUGAGCCCAACUACCUCUACGCCACCCGGCUAUUCGACUCCCUCGAUCGGGAAAUCAUCAAGCAGCUUCAACCGGCAACUCUAGAGAACCUGAUUCAAGCUUCUGCAAACAUCAAUCUCUUUGACCCCGAUCGCUCUAAAGUCAACCCUGCCGCUCGACUCGAACUUGCAACCAAGGCAUUCAAGAUCUUGGAAGACCGCCAGGAACUGACCGCUGAAUCGUAUUCGAAUCUGAUUGUCCUCUUGGGUUUCACAAACAAACUGCCACAGGCCACGGCUCUGUUUGAAAGCUACAAGCAAUCUCGAUCUGAUCCCGAUAGCCAGAGCUCGACUCGGGUUCAUCAGCAUGCCCUCCAACCUCCAUCUUCUUUGACUCGGGCGGCCCCUGAUUCUUUAACUGUGCAGAGAUGCCAAGCUGAGCCUGUGAGCGAAGAUAGCGAUUCGCGCGUAUUACUGUCUCUGAUGCGCGUCCACUUGGCUGCCGGAGAUACAUUUUCGGCUGUCACCUUGUUGGAAGAAUCUUUGCGACCGACCGUCGAUCCAUUGUCGACUUUCAAGAGCAGCGCCGAGCACAUCUUGGAAGUCAUCCUCGGCUUUAUCCGGUUGGGAGACUAUUCCUCAGCCUCGACGUGGAUCAAACGACUCUUCAGUAGUGAUCCUGCCACUUACCAUCUCAAUGAUCCCAACCGUCGCCGAGAGUUCAUGGACCGAAUCGUCAGUCAGGUCUGUGGGCCCACCCGUGGGUUUGAGGGGAUCGGCGUGGCAUACGAUGCGGCGAUGAUCAGCAUCGACCAGAUCGACUUUCAGUUCGACAGUCGAGGCAUGGCCGCUCUCAUGGCCAGACUCCGGAACGUGUUGAAUUCAGCUCUGGUCAACGCGCUCCAUCAGUCAGCGUGUCUCAACUCAUUGGCCCACCCGGACAACCCAGCGAUGAUCGUGAGGAUCCAAGACUCGCUGGAGAAAGCAUGCUCGAUCGUCUGCUAUCUGAUAACGAAACGCGCGGCCUUGUUGAAGGCUGACAACGAGAAAGUCGAGGCGAUCUCGGACUUGCAGACCUACGGGAUGAUCGAGAACUUCGCCAAUCGGGUGAUCCAGAGCUGUGCUGCGGUCAAGAACCAAUGGAUCGGCAACCGCUCCGAAGAGUUGAUGGGCCUCGGUCGGUUCAGUGACGGCUUGCUGGUCCGGCUGAUGUCACAUUACUCAACGCUGCCAGACAUACGGGAUGUCCAGGCCGUCAGCUUGGAGCUCCGUCAGCAAUCCUCGUAUCUGACCGGCCUUCUGACGAGCUAUCAGAGCCUUCUUCAACCAAUCCCGGGAUCCGACGAUCACCCGACACUGCUCCAACACCAGUUCAAGUUCGGAUUGCAAAUCACCACGCCGAUGAUCCUCAACAACCUGUCUCUGACUCUUGCCUCGCAGUUCCACAAGUCCUACGCCUCAACUCCUGGCAAUGAUCUCCAGCUGACUUCGAUCAAUGAUUGGGCUAUAUUAUUGAGCAUUGGUGCGAUACUGGAGAUCCAAGCGCGGGAGGGCAAGACUGCUGACAACAAGCAGAGCGUCCUUGAACCCUUGAUGGCCCGGUUCGGGGCAGCGCUACGAAACCCGCAUCUGCAAGUCGACCAGCUGGACCCGACCUUUGAUCUCCAACUCCUGCUUCGAGUCAUACACCAUUACCGUCUCAAGACCACCCCCGCUGAUCCUCGUCUUCAGGCUUUCUUCACUAAGCUUCAGCAAGACUUCCCCAGCUGGCAGUCCGAGUCCUCUGCCCGCUUCGAAUAUUAUGCCAAACAGGCUGAUACUCAAUCGUCUAAUCGGUUCGGAAAGCUACGGGAAGGCCAGACCCCCCUCGAAAGCUCUCCCGGCGGAGUCCCACCUGUGAGCCACAGUCAACCGCCCUCUCCCUGCCAGGCCGUGCCCAGCAGAGCUCCAGUAGCCUCCUCCCCACCAGCGACUGCUGAGUUCAGCCUACCGGCCGAGCGGCCGGCGUUCAAGACGUUCAACGAGCAGCUGAGCCAAGUCGCGCUGAGCAUGUUCUGUUCGAAGGACGAGCACGAGCUGAACCGGCUCCAUCGGGCGGUGCAAGAGUCGACGAACGCGGGGCAUUAUCUGAGUGCGGAUGCGUUGUCGGCGCUGAUCGAGACGUUCGGCCGGCUGGGCCAGCUCGACCGGCUCCGAGAGAUGUAUGUCAACGCGCACAUGGCCCUCGCGUCCCUCGAUAGCACCACCAAUGAGGCCCGUGCCCUCCGCUCUAUCAGCUGGACUCGCGUCGAGGAUCGGAUGAUCAUCGGCCUCGCCUAUUGCGGCUUGCUCGACGAAGUCGCGAUUCACAAGAGCCGCCUGCUCGAUAACGGUUACUCUCCCUCUGCUGACGCCUAUGCUGCUAUGAUCCAACACGCUCAAGAAACUACUGAUGACGCAAGCAUGGCCCUCAAUUAUUUCGACGAAGCCAACCGGAACAAAGUGAGCCCGAACACGUUCCUGUGCAACACGAUAAUCUCGAAGCUGUCGAAGGCGCGCCGGUCGAAGGAAGCCUUGCAGGUGUUCGAGCUGAUGAAGUCGUUGAACGUGAUGAGGAACUCGGUGACGUUCGGGGCGAUCAUCAAUGCGGUGAGCAAGACGGGCGACGAGGCCAAGGCUGAGGAGCUCUUCCAGGAGAUGCUCGUCUCGAAGAACUUCAAGCCCAGGAUCCCGCCCUUCAAUACGAUGAUCCAGCUGUUCACCCAGCACGCUAAACAGCCUAAUCGGGAGAAAGUCUUGCAUUACUAUGGGUUGAUGCAGAAGUAUGAGUUGGCCCCGUCUGAUCAUACGUACAAUCUACUGAUGCAGGCGUAUGGGAUGAUCGAGCCCUGUGAGCCGGCAGCUAUGGAGAGGGUGUUCCGGCAAGCGUGUGCGGACCGGAAGGUGUCGAUCACGGGUGCACAUUGGUCGACGUUCCUGAAUGUGAAGGGAUGUGUGGAGAAGGACCUGGAGGGAGCGAUGGCGCUUUUUGAGCGGAUCAGCCGGGACCCGAGUGGGCAGCCGCGCUACCAUCGCCGGGGCGGCGCGGUUGAGAAUGUUGUCCGGCUGCCGGACGCGGUGUGUUACGAGGCGCUCUUCAACGUCUUCCUCGCCUUCAAGCGGGCCGACCUGGUGCCUGCUUACAUGGCCCGGAUGAAGCGGGACGGGGUGCACAUGACGGCGUAUGUGGUCAACACGCUCAUGAAGGUCUAUGCGGCCUCGAACGAGCUCGAGACUGCGAGGAGGCUCUUCGAGAGCCUCGUCGACCCGCCCCCGGGCCAGCCUGCGCUCUUCAACCAUCCCCAAAACUCCCCCAAGCCUACGGCCCCCUCCCAUCUCCUGCCUGUCAACGGCUCGGUGGGCUCGGUGGACGACCCCGUCUACCGCGAACCCUCCUGCUACGAAACUAUGAUCCGCAUCGAGUUCGGCGCUGGCAACCUCGACCGCGUCCAGUCCCUCCUCGAGAGACUCGACCAUCGCAACUACCCCGCGGCUAUCGUCUCCAGGAUCAAGAAAAUCGUCUCUUCUUAA